CACACAUCAUAUUUUAUUUCCCACUUUAAUUUCAACGUUCAAAUUUAACGUAAGCAUGGGCUCCGAGAGUGAAUCCGUUUGCGUCACCGGCGCCUCCGGUUUUAUCGGAUCAUGGCUGAUCAUGAGGCUCCUGGAGCGCGGUUACACCGUCCGAGCCACCGUCCGAGACCCAGAGAAUAAGAAGAAGGUAAAUCAUUUGCUAGAGCUGCCAAAGGCGAAGACCCACUUGACGCUGUGGAAGGCUGACCUCGCCGAGGAAGGAAGCUUCGACGAAGCAAUCAACGGCUGCAGCGGAGUUUUCCAUGUCGCCACACCCAUGGAUUUCGAAUCCAAGGACCCUGAGAAUGAAGUGAUAAAGCCAACGAUAAACGGAUUGUUAGGCAUCAUGAAAGCAUGUGUCAAAGCAAAAACUGUUCGAAGACUUGUGUUCACAUCAUCUGCAGGAACCGUCAACGUUGAAGAGCACCAAAAGCCAGUCUACGAUGAAAGCUGCUGGAGUGACGUUGAAUUUUGCCGGACCAAAAAGAUGACGGGAUGGAUGUAUUUCGUCUCCAAGACUCUGGCUGAGCAAGCGGCGUGGAAGUUUGCCAAAGAGAACGGUUUGGAUUUUAUCACCGUUAUUCCACCUCUUGUGGUUGGUCCAUUCCUCAUGCCAUCAAUGCCACCUAGUCUCAUUACAGCACUUUCCCUUAUCAACGGAAAUGAAGCUCAUUACUCGAUAAUUAAGCAAGGGCAAUUCGUGCACUUGGAUGACCUCUGCAAUGCUCACAUAUUUUUGUUUGAGCAUCCCAAAUCGGAGGGGAGGUAUAUAUGCUCCGCCGACGAUGCAACAAUUCACGAUAUUGCAAAGUUGCUCAGGGAAAAGUACCCAGAGUAUAAUAUUCCAACAAAGUUGAAAGGUAUCGACGAGAAGUUGGAGAUUGUCUCUUUCUCAUCCAAAAAGGUUAAGGAGUUGGGGUUUCAGUUCAAAUACAGCUUGGAGGACAUGUUUGUUGGAGCCGUUGAAGCAUGCCGAGCCAAGGGAUUGCUUCCUCCGGCAGCCGGUGAAAACGGUGUCAACGGCAAGAACCAUGGUUGAAAAUGUGUCGGCGUGUUGCGUGACAAGGUUUUAUUUUGGUUAAGUAAAAAAUAAAGAGCGUCAUCUUUCAGCCUAUGAGAUGAGCUAUUGUAUCUGCUAAUUAAUGUGGUUGUCUCAUUUUAUUAAAAAAAAAAACAAUUGUUACGUGGAUUAA